AUGAAUCCUGAAUACGACUAUCUCUUCAAGCUGCUGCUGAUCGGUGAUUCCGGCGUCGGCAAGUCUUGCUUGCUCUUGCGGUUCGCCGACGACACUUACACCGAGUCCUACAUCUCCACCAUCGGCGUUGAUUUCAAAAUCCGGACGAUCGAGCUCGACGGCAAGACGGUGAAGUUACAAAUUUGGGAUACCGCCGGCCAAGAACGGUUCCGCACAAUCACAUCGUCCUACUACCGGGGCGCCCACGGCAUCUGCGUCGUCUACGAUGUCACGGACAUGGACAGCUUCAACAACGUCAAGCAGUGGCUGCAGGAGAUUGACAGAUACGCCACCGAGGGCGUCAACAAACUGCUUGUAGGCAACAAGAGCGAUAUGUCGGACAAGAAGGUGGUGGAAUACACCGUUGCAAAGGAAUUCGCCGACAGCCUCGGGAUCCCCUUCCUCGAGACGUCGGCCAAGAACGCCAGCAAUGUCGAGCAAGCAUUCUUGACAAUGGCCCGCCAGAUCAAGGAGCGCAUGGGCAGCAGCAUCGCGGCCAACAACACGAAAGCAAGCGUCAACGUUUCCCCCGGACACGGCGUUCCCAGCAACCAGUCCAACAGCUGCUGCUAG